CUCCGACGGAAGUGGAAUGAAGCCAGCCGGAAGUGGAGCGACGUCUUCCAUCUCGUCUUCCUCCGCGCAGCUAGGCAACUUGAGUGAUUGGGGUGAGGCCGGGUCUCAGCCAAUCAGCUGCAAGAAGGGCGGGACUUCCUGCGCGGGAGCCAGAGCGGCCGGCUGCCGGGCUCUCCGUGGUUUCCAGCUCGCGUGGUGGCGGCGGCGGAGCGUCUCCGUGAGGAGGUGCGCGGGGCCAUGACGUCAGCGUCCACCAAGGUUGGAGAGAUCUUCUCCGCGGCCGGCGCCGCCUUCACGAAGCUCGGGGAGUUGACGAUGCAGCUGCAUCCAGUAUCGGACUCUUCCCCUGCCGGUGCCAAGUGGACGGAGACGGAGAUAGAGAUGCUGAGGGCUGCUGUGAAGCGAUUUGGGGACGAUCUUAAUCACAUCAGCUGUGUCAUCAAGGAACGGACAGUGGCUCAGAUAAAGACCACUGUGAAGCGAAAAGUGUAUGAAGACUCUGGCACUCCCCUCCCAGCUGAGUCACCCAAGAAAGGACCCAAGAAGAUGACAUCCAGUGUCCUCUCACCUCCAAAUGCCCCCCCACCCAGCAGCUCCAGUGUCCCUGAAGCUGGGGGUCCUCCCAUAAAGAAACAGAAGGCUGAUGUGACACUCAGUGCUCUGAACGACUCCGACGCCAACAGUGACCUGGUGGAUGUCGAAGGGCUAGGAGAAACUCCUCCAGCCAAGAAACUCAACUUUGACCAGGACAGCCUGACCCUGGACUCUGGCCUUCUCUCCACCUCUGCUGAUGCUCCUCUACUGUCCUGCUGAGCCUUCCACCUCUGACCCUCAUUGUUCACCCUGGACCUGUGGAUCACCUGGGACUCUAAGCAAGGACUGCAUGAGAGAGGGUCAGAGAGCUGCUGGAGCCGUCCACCUUGUUCCUGAUAACCAUGUGCCCUCACCCUUUGACUUCUGUCUGAUGGACAUUUUUAUACAGAAAAUUAUAAUUAAAAAAAAAAAAAUUCUCUCA